CAGUCCCCCCGACGUCCCCCUCCUCCUCCUGUCCCGCCCCUACCCAUGUGUCACUGCGCCGCCUGCACCCUUUAAAGCAGACGCCGUCCAGAACACAGCGUCCCCUGCCCAGCCAUGUAUCCAGUCGGCAUCCCCUGUGUCGUGAACGCCUUCCUUUCUUCCUCCUCCUCCGUCCAGUUCGCCAUCGCCAUCGUCGUCGCCGCCGUCCUCCUCAUCCUCGCACUAUGCUCAUCACCGUUUGCCACCAAGCCAAAGGACGGCGAGCCCGCCCAUCUGCCAGACCACUCGCUCUUCGCCAUCGUACCCUUCUUCCGUAAUCGUUUCGACUUUCUCAGCUGGGGCUUUCGCGUUACCGGCGAGUCUCUGUUCCAAUUCCGACUGUUGCAGCACCAAGUCAUUGCGGUCUCGGGGGAGGCGGGGCGCAAGGCUUUUUUCACCGCCAAAUCCUUGGACCUGAAUGAGGGCUUCAAAGUCCUAUCGGGCGCAAUCCCGAUGUUGCGGGGCGUCACCUCCGACCUCGAAAUGCGCCGCAUCGCGCAGAUAUACAAGCGCGUGUCCAUCGUGCAGCGCGAAGACCGACUCACGCAGCUCCUCCCAGAAAUUAUCGAAGACUGCCGCCGGAUCAUGGGGUCCUGGGGAUCUUCGGGCAGAUUUGAUCCGUUCGAACGAGUCUACGACCUCGUAUUCCAGACGACUGUGCGUAGUCUGACAUGUGUUGAGAUAGCGGACGACGCCGCGGUGGUGGCGCGUCUCAAGCAUCUCUAUGGGCGCCUCGAUAGCGGCACCACACCCGCAACGGUUCUAUUACCGUGGUUCCCAAGCCCUGCUAUGGUAAAGAAAGUGUGGGCCACCAAGCAGAUAUACGACAUCUUAAUGGGCGCGAUCAACGCGAGGAUCCAGAGCGGCGUCCCGCGGAACGAUACCCUCCAAAUUCUGCUUGAUUACGGCGACGACAAGUUAAUUAUCGUAGGGUUCUUUAUCGGGUUAAUUGUGGCGGGCGCGAGAGCUACCGGGGCAUCUGCUUCGUGGCUGGUCACGUUCCUCGGCGGAGACCCGGAGUGGCGACGCAGAGCCCGCUCCGAAAUUGAAAGCCUCCUUUCUGUCUAUUCACCGGUUACUCCUUUGCGAACAUCGUAUGCUUCACAAGAUCAAUCCCCUUCGCCUGCACCCUCAAUACCACAGUCCCCCGAAUCCUCACAUCGCCCGCCGUCCCCGCCAUCCCUUUCUUCCCGCCUAGCCGACAUCCCGCUAUCAGCGUGGGAGGGCUCCACGCCCGUCCUGGACGCGGUCAUCCGCGAAACCCUGCGGCUUGCGCAGCCGCACACCGCGAUGCGGCGGAAUGUCGGGCCCGACCUGGUCAUCGACGGGAAGACCGUGCCGAGCGGCGCCUACGUCGUGUACCCGUUCAGCGACGUGCACCUCGACGCGGACAUCUACCCCGAUCCCUGGCGGUUCGACCCCGGGCGGCCCGCGGACGCGAAGCGCGCUCAUGCGUGGGUCGGGUGGGGCGGGGGUAAGACGGUGUGCCUCGGCCAGCGCCUCGCGAAGCUCGAGAUGAAGAUUAUUGCGGCGAUGUUUUUGGUUGGGUUCGACUAUGCGGUUGUGGAUAAGGCGGGGAAGCCUGCGGACCCGCUGCCCAAGCCGAAUUGGAACGACGCGCUGAUGUGUCGGCCCGAGGCUGGGUCGUGUUAUGUCAAGUAUGAGAGGGCGGCUUCAUCGACAUCUUCAAGUUCAUCUUCAUCGCCAUCGUCACCAUCAUCACCAUUAUAGAUCAACGUGGGAUUCAAGUUCUGGGCUUUCGAUUCUUCCAUGGUAUCUUCUCCACUGUCUUUCACCUCGUUGCCUCGUUUUGGACGGGACUUGGGCACUCUGGAUGGACUGUAUUCUUUAUUCUCCGUCUCCGUCGGCUGCUGACUUAUGAUCCACUCACCGUCAUUGCUCUGCUCUGCUCUUAGACUUUCUUGCCACUCUCCUUAACGUAUUACAUUUAUUGCUUUUACUUAUUCUCGUUUUGCUUCUCCUCUCCAUGUUCUUUAUGUUUUUCGUUCUCUUUUCUUUCUUUUCUUUUCUUUUCUUUCAAGUCGUCAUGUGGGGUUAUAUGUUUGUGUUUGUACGUUGCUGACUGGCUCUCUCAGCGCUAGGAUUAUCUUAGACAUAUACUUAGGUAGCAUCUGUUUCGAUAGUAGUACUACUCCAAGCGUAAUUGCAGGCAAGAGAAGUCCUCAGA